GGCGAGGGCUUCCUGCUCGGGUGGACACGUGGUUCCGUGUCUGCCUCCCUGCUUGUCUUGUCAGUGUGUGAAGGUUUCCAGCCCUUCUUUCACUCCCCUUUCUUUCCUCCCAUACAAUACAGCAGACCGCCUCCUCUUCUUACUCCUUCCCACCCGCACCUCCACCUCCUGCUACACUUUUCUUACGUGUCUUUGCGACGCUUCCCGGGACUGUGGACAGCCAGGCCGCGGUCACUUCAACGUGUAUCCGCUCAGAGAGAGAGAGAGAGAAAGUGAAAAGAGUGAGUGCGUGUGCGCACACCCACCCGCAACCGGUCCACCCGUGUUAUUUCUCCCACUAUCCCCCCUCGUUGUUCGGUCAUGACGCUGGAAGCGAUCCGUUACCGGGCAGGGUCUCUGCAGAUCCUCAACCAGCUGCUGCUGCCACACCAGACCGUUUACGAUGAGAUCCGCUCGGUGCAGGACGGUUACGAGGCCAUCAAGUCCAUGAAGGUGCGUGGCGCCCCGGCCAUCGCCAUCGUCGGCUGCCUCAGCCUGGCUGUGGAGUUGCGGGCAGGUGCUGGGGGUGAUGACCCCGUGACCUUCAUCAGGGAGUCUCUGUGUCACCUGACCUCAGCCCGGCCCACUGCCGUCAACAUGGGCCGUGCCGCCCGCGAGCUGAUGGAGUUUGCUGAGAAUGAGAGCAUGGAGAAGAACUCGGAGCAGCUCAGAGAAAGUGUAAUUGCUUGGAUUGAAGACAUGCUGGAGCGUGACGUCAAUGACAACAAGAAGAUCGGUAACUAUGGAGCCCAGCACAUCCUGUCUGGCGUCCCAAGGGACUCUGUCACCAUCCUCACACACUGCAACACCGGCUCGCUGGCCACAGCUGGAUACGGGACUGCGCUCGGUGUGGUGCGAAGCCUCCACACGCUGGGCAGGCUGAAGCGUAUGUACUGCACAGAGACGAGGCCGUACAACCAGGGUUCCAGACUGACGGCGUACGAGGCGGUAGCAGAGGGAAUCCCUGCUACACUUAUUACAGACAGCAUGGCAGCCCUCACAAUGAGAGAAAUGGCCAUCACAGCUGUGGUGGUGGGCGCAGACCGGGUGGUUGCCAACGGUGACACAGCCAACAAGGUGGGAACGUACCAGCUGGCCAUCGCCGCAAAGCACCAUGGGAUUCCCUUCUAUGUGGCUGCGCCCAGCACGUCGUGCGACUUGAGCCUGGAGAGCGGCAGGGACAUCAUCAUCGAAGUGCGCCCCCCUGAGGAACUCACCAGUAUAAACGGAGUCCCCAUUGCCGCUCCGGGUAUUGAGGUGUGGAACCCAGCGUUUGACGUUACCCCUCACCAGCUCAUCACAGGAGGCAUCAUCACAGAGCUGGGGGUCUUCCUCCCCUCUGAGCUCCAGGCGGCGCUCACCGGCCGCCUCACUGCCCUCUAGAGCCCCUCAGCCUCUCCUGCUGGUCCGUGUGUGCCACUGCACAUUAAAGUCACACACUCAAAGACACUCUCAUUUCAUUACAGGACACACACAAUCAUAGUUGUGGUUUAAUUUAGUUUUGGUCAACGCACAGUCACUGUUAAAUGUCAGCGGUGCACACAGAAGAAUUCAAUCUUUACUCACCCACACAAAGUCACUGCAGGGAGUCAAGCAGACACAUGUGCAGUCUCCCCUUUUCUUUUAUGUCCUUCAUCAUUUCCUGUGGUCUCACCUUUUUUUCCAUUCUGUCUUUCAUUCUCUCUUUCCGCCUCUUUCUAAAUGGCUUCUGCGACAAGGAAUAGCGCUCAGCUGGACUCAAUCCCAAAAAUUCUGUUUGGCAAAAAAAAAAAUCUGAGUCGUCAAUGAGGUAAUUUUUCAGGGUUUCUUCAGCUGCAAACAAAAAAACGUCCAAAAAGUCUUAGUGUUUUUUGUUUUUUUGUUUUUCAGCCAUGGUUUCUAAAUGCUGCUACGCACUUGUAAAUAUAAAAUAUCCUUACUGGUAGUGUGUACAUAUGUAGAAAAGUAACCCUCUGCUAAUAAAAGGUACUACUAACCAAAUAUGUGGUUGUUUAAAAAGCUGACAUCAAAAUGUUAUAUUAACAUUUAAUUUCUUUCGUUCUGUGUAGAAAGCUUUUGUAGAGGAAUAAUCCAGUAACUUUUCACAACCAGAAAUCUUUAGUGAUUUGAAAAAUCACUCACUUUUUACCCAGUGCGCCGAAAUUUUGAACAAGAACAAAUUUCUUGAACGGUCCUUGUUAGUCAGCUGAAGCCUACAACAAUACAUAGCUGUAUUUAUAUCUCACUCCUUGUUUGCACCUUGUUAUUCCCAGUUGUACUGUAUCAUAUCACACUUCUAAUCUAAUAAUGUACUAUAUAUAUGUGUGUGUGUGUGUGUGUGUGUGUGUAACCAUACUUACUUCAGCACCACACACAUUCACUGUACUGCACAGGCCACUCUCUGUAAGAAUGAAAAGGAAAUUGUGUCAUUCUUGCCAUAACAGCUUUUGCUGUUGUAUUUCUGUAAUACAGGCAUCAUAAUUAAAGGAAUAGUUCAUCCCAAAA